AUGGAGAAUGGAGCAGCAAGAAUGUCGGCACGCAAUGCGAUAAUGGGAGAAAACGUUUACGACAUCGACUCGGUAAAGGUGCUGCUGCGACAAAGUAUUCGCCAGUUCGAAAGAUCAUUCUCGAAGAGAGGAGGCGGGCGGCGCCAGUCUGGCAUAGAAGAUAAGGACACUGUGGAAGACAUUCAAUGGGUCUGUGAACUCCUACCUGGGUUGUGGUGUCGUAGCCUGAGAAGAAGUCCACAAAAGAUGCCAAGAAGACCAAGAAGGACAAGGAAGAACAUAAACCAUGCAGGACACCAAUAA